UUCUUUUACUUUUGAGGUUAAUCAUUUGUUUAUGUUUCAUAUACACAUCGCUUAAAAAUAUGUUGUGUGUGCAAUAAGUAAGCUAUAUAGAGUUCAUUCAUUAAAUAAUAAUAUCUCCUUGUUCGUGCCAAAAAUAUCCCAGCAUUGAAUCGUAACGGUAAAAUUGUUUUAUUUUAUUUCAUCGUAAAAAGUUAUCACACACAGUAUUGUAGAAAAAGAAUAGAAAUGGAGGAAACGAUAAAAGAAAAUUGUAAUACAUUGACAAUGACAAAAGACUUUAUAAAAGUUUCAUCUAAUUGGAUGAUCGAUAGAAACAAAAAUUAUGUAGAUACUAUUACAACAAUACCAUUAUUGCUGGCCCCAGAGAGUAUAGAUUUAGAUGAUAUCAUUUCCUUGGACACAUGUAUCUAUUUACGUUCCGAGGAAAAAGUAACAGAACCAUGUACAUUGGAUAUUAAAAUAACAAAUAAUCAAAAAAUAUCACGCAUCAUUGUUCUAUCCGAAGCAUAUGUUUUAGAAUUUUUUAAACAGUAUGGAGAAUAUGCGACUACAGUAUUCGCAGAAUUUGUAGAUGAAUUUAAAGGAAGUAACAUAUAUUUAGCUGAAUUGAAUUUUAAACAUCCUACCACCGAGGCCAGUAUUAAAUUUACGAAAAUAAAAAAUACAGAACCUAUAUUAUGGAUAUUCGGUAUAAAACUUGUAUUAACAGAAUCUACUGAAGAAAAUGAAUCAGAAAUACUUGAUUAUACGAUAACUAAUUUUUUGAAUAAUUUAAAUGGUUCCGUACAACAGAAAGCAGCCAUAGCUAAUAUUAUGUUAGAAUCUGUUAAACAAGAUAAGAAUACCAUUAAUGAUGAAAUCUUACCUCUAAGAAAUCUUAUGACUAUUAUUUCAAACAAUUCAAAAGUACAAAAUAAUCAUAAAAAUAAAAUAGAAGAGAGUAAAAAGGCAGAUCUUAAUUCCAAAGAUGAUUGUACAAAAAAUAUAGAAAUCACAGAUAACAUUGAAACUUAUAUUAAUAAUAAGUUUCAUGAAAUGGAAGAAAGAACCAUGCGUAGAUUAAACGAAAUAGAACACAACAUUAAUGAAAAGUUAAACGUUAUACUUGAGAAACUUGAAAUUAAAUUAAAAUAACGAUAUUUACGAAAAGAGAGUAUUGUAUAUAUAUAUA